AUUAAAAUUUCAGAAAAUUGAAAGUGAUACCCAGAAGCCAUUGUUGCAACCAUAAUCUUAGUUUUAUGGUCGGAAGUUUUGAAGAGAUGUUAAGUGAAAACUGGUAGCAGAAUACAUUCGAAGGUACAUUAAAAACUAUAGCCCACUUGUUGAAAUAUCUGUCGAAAUUGGGGGAUGUGAAACCAAGACAGUUGGGGUUAGGGUAUGAAAAGGAGAUGAAGAGAGAGCCGAUGAUCUUCAAUGCAACUCAUGGAAGAUUAUGAAUUUACUAUACUAUGAUACCUGUGGCUUUGUCAUUGUGACAGAUCUUAUAUUACAACAGAAGAAGAAGAACAAGAGUGAAUUUGAAUUUUUCUUUGUGCCUUGCCGACAUUGAUAAUUACAUGAACUAUCUACCCACAAUGAAGCUUACAAAUUUGAUAAAAAUUGUAUUCCAGUAUUGAUUGCGCUCCGCAGGCUCCAUUAACUGUUGUGAUAGUCAUGGAAGAUUAUUAGUUUAUUAUACUUGAAGAAGAAGAACAAGAGUGAAUUCGAAUUUUUGUUUGUGCCUUGCCGACAUUGAUAAUGACAUGAACCAUCUACCACAAUGAAGCUUACAAAUUUGAUAAAAAUUGUACUGCAGUAUUGAUUGUCAUAUGUAGGCUCCAUUAAUUGUUGUGAUGGCCCAAGCAGGGGAGGAAGCCUACUUUAACCAUAAUGACGUCUCUCUUGAGGGUGAAGCCCUGCCAAGUUAUUUACCUGACCAUGGAAAUGAGUUUUGUGAUGAUGGAAGUUACUUUUGUGAUGCUGAAGAACCUUUAAGCGAUGAAGGCAUGGACGUGGAUUCUGAAGCUGAAGAUUUCUCUGAUGAUAACUUCUAUGAGAACUGGGAUGGCAGGUCAAUUGAUGGUAUUGCUGACGUUGGUAGUCUUAACUUGAAGUCAUUAACAGUGGAUGAGAUUAAGCUGCUACAUUUCCCAGAUCUUAAUGUCGCGUUCUCUUUCUACAAUUUUUAUGCUAAAAUGAACGGGUUUUCUGCAAGGAGGAGCAAGUUGAGGCGCAAUGUUAACGGUGAUGUCACACAACAGUCAUUUGUCUGCUUCAGACAGGGAUUUAGAGAGGUGAAAUCCUAUGACGAGAGCAGUCAACGUAAACGUGAGCCAAAACCGGAGACUAGAUGUGGAUGCCAGGCUGAGAUGCGUGUUCAUGUCCACAUAGAUACUGGGAGAUGGAUCGUAACAUAUUUCCAAGAAGUUCAUAACCACGAGAUGCUUGCUGAUGAAUUGACCUUCAUGCUUCCGGGACACAGGAAGAUGGAUGCCAGUGCAAUCGACCAAAUGAACAUGAUGUUGAAAGUUGGGAUAAAGACUCCUCAGAUUUAUGCAUCCUUUGUCAAUACAGCAGGGGGCUUCCAUAAUGUUCCAUUUUUAAAGAGAGACAUGUAUAACCAAAUAGACAAGCAACGAAGGCUCUUAGGUGGGGAUGCCAUGGCUUGCUUAAAGUUCUUGCAAUCAACGGCUAAAGACGAUUCCGGAAUGUUUGUUCGAUACUUGGCUGACAAGGAGGAUCGUUUGGUGCAUCUUUUUUGGUCUGACAAGUGUAGUCAAUUAGAUUAUCAUAUAUUUGGAGAUGUGUUGGCAUUUGAUGCGACAUAUAGGAAAAAUAAGUAUAUGUGUCCUCUAGUUGUGUUUUCUGGUGUUAAUCAUCAUAAUCAAACCAUUGUGUUUGCCGCUGCUCUUAUCUCAAAUGAGAAUGAGGAUACUUAUACCUGGUUAUUGCAACAAUUCUUGGAGUGCAUGAAUGGAAAAGCUCCUCAAUGUGUUAUCACGGAUGGUCACGGAGCCAUGAAGAAGGCCAUUGAAUCAGUGCUUCCUAGUGCCUACCACCGACUCUGUGCAUGGCACUUAAUUAGGAAUGCAACAGCCAACCUUGGGAACCCAACCUUCACGUCCGAGUUUAAGAGAUGCAUGCUUUUCGAUUAUGAGAUAUCAGAGUUCCAUGCUUUUACCUUUUUCUUCUUAUUCUUCUUACUGCCCAAACCCUCCGAACUAUUUUUCUUCUUGCUUCCUUCAAUUUCAUUGGCAACUUCUGGAGAAGCCUCGGUUGUGGGUGUUCCAAAGAUCGAAGCUUUCGACGUCUCCCUCUUGGAUAAUACUGGCAUUGUGGGCAGUAGAGUCAACAAGACUUUUGAGAGAAUGAGAAGAAGGAGAAGACGAAGAAGGAGCAUAAAAAAUUGUUUGCAUUAGAAAAAGAAGAAGAAGAACAAGAAGGGGCAUCAAAAACAACGAGGUUGAAUUUUUUUUUUUGGUCAAGAACGAAGUUGGAUUAAGAGGGCUUCUAAAA